AUGUCGUCAGUCGCCUAUGAGACCUUCUCAUUCGCUGCGGAUCCUCAGCAAAUCACUGAACAACAGUCGAAGCCUAGAGUCAAGCGCGAACGAUCCGACGCGCGUAAAAACCAGGUCGUUGCACUUGUGUUCUUAAGACAGGGCUCUCUGGAUGUUGAGCAAUGGAAAAACGUUGCAGCCUUUGUCACCUACACGCUACAGGAAGAGCUCUCCAUCAGACGUUCACUCUCGACUCCCCGCCGUUACUUGGAUGGCCCUGAAGACGGCCAAGGCUGCCGGGUCUUGGAGAUUGCCAUUCCACUGCCUCAAAAGAAUCCACCACCCACCCUAUUGGAAUGUUCCGCAAUCACCAAGACUGCUUCCAUCGUCAGCCUGUGCCAGCGUCACAAUAUUGAGAUUGUGUUGCAACCUCAGGCCUUGUACGUGGCUCACAGAACUCCGGGUCUGGCUGUGUUCGACAUGGACAGUACUUUGAUCCAGCAGGAAGUCAUUGACGAAUUGGCUCGCGCUGUGGAUCGUUAUGCUCAAGUUUCUAGCAUCACCGAGGCUGCAAUGCGUGGAGAGGCUCCGUACACCGACUUUGAGGCAUCUCUUCGCGCUCGUGUCGGUCAUCUUGCUGGUGUACCAGUCUCUAUCUGGCAACAUUUACGCGCUGGUAUCAUCUCAUUCACCCCAGGAGCUCGUGAACUGAUACGCGUACUUCGCAAACUUGGCUGGAAGACUGCUGUGCUGAGUGGUGGCUUCACGCCCUUGGCUGAAUGGGUAAAACAAGAGUUGGGUCUUGAUUACUGUUAUGCCAACCACUUGGUCGAGGUUGAUGGUCAUUUGACAGGCGAGCUAGUGGAAGGUAUGCCUAUCAUUCACGCCGAGAAGAAACGUGCAUUGCUUCUAUCUAUCGCCGAAAAGGAGGGCAUUCCAUUGGAAAAUGUGAUUGCUGUUGGUGACGGGAGUAAUGACCUGCUAAUGAUGCACCAAGCUGGUCUUGGAAUUGCCUUCAACGCAAAGCCAAAGGUUCAAGUACAAGCUCCCACCAAGAUUAACGCCGACGGCCUUUUGGACGUUGCUUACAUCCUUGGCUACACUAUCGAGGAGGUGACCGAAAUUUUGCGCCAAGAGAUGGUGUUGGAAGGUGGUCAGUACGUACUCAAGAAGCUUGCUUAA